CAUUAAGCCCAGCACCACCACUAUAACUGUGACGUGCGACCUGGGCCAGGUAGUGGGGGAUGAAGAUGGAGGCUGGACUUAUAUAUUGGGACACAAGAGCCAGUCUGAAGAUCUCCACCUGACACUUAGUCAAUACACUCAAGGUUACAACUUGCCUAAAAACGACAGCUACAGCUAUUUCGUGGGUCUUCUGAUCCUUGAAGACUUGAACUAUAAAGAGGACGGCAGUGAGAUGCCUCUUGAGCUGAAGUUUGUGAUGGUGGAGGAGAAUGACGAGGUGACUGUCUCAAUCUGUAGUCCUGUGGUCAUUACCCGUGACACACACAUCCUGAAGAGUGCUGGAGAAUGUACUGGUAACGCUAGUGAGUCGUUAAUGGGGAGUGAAGGAGAGAGUUUCUGUCCCGACGGUCGUGAUGAGGGAAGCAACGACCCAUGUUGGUGGUGCAGUGACCCGAGCAGCUGUGAGGCCGCCUUCCUGACGUCAUCUACACCAGUCUGGGGCGACACUCCUCUCAAGAGCGUCAAGAUCUGGGCCCGUCCCUUGGAGUAUCAAUUUGAGUGUUAUGGGGAGCCACUAGUUGAGAUGGCUGUGACGAGCUGGUAUUCUAGAGAGUGGAAGGUUGGCGCUAUAGUGAGCGGCACUUGCAUUAGUGGCUACCUCAGUGACGGCAACCUCUUCCUCACCAUCGAGUGUACCUUUGACGGCUGGGAAGUCAAACCUCCUUGUGUCUAUGGCAAGUAUUAUUUCUUUAUAUGCUUGAGUUUAGGAAUAGGGUAAGUAUAUACGUACUUCCUUUGGCUCGCCUGAUGAUUCACACCCCCCGCCCUCAGGUAGCUUUAUAUGUUUAAUCAUCAGGUGAAAUAAGCUGGAGGGACUAGAGAGUUGUAUCUCAUAGUUUUUUAAAUGUUAGAACAUUGUAUUUACUAACCUUCUUGCACCCUUAAAGACCAUCGUUGUUGAAGUAAAGUAAUAACAUUGUAACAAAGAGCAGCUAAUCUUCAUGUGGUUCUUUUAUUCUUCACUACAGCAGCUGAACCAUUCCUCAAAAUAUGCCUUGCUUUUAAAUAUGAAAAUAAUUAAUGAGAAUUGGAUAAAAGAUACAUAGUUUUUAUAAAUGUUUAGGUAAAACUCUUCAAACACUAUCCUCAUAUUCGUCUUUUUAGUAAUUACUAUUCGCCUUUCUUGUCUUCUUAUCAUCCUUACUACAGCUCAAGCUUUAUCAUCUAGGUUACGUGUUUGUUUAAAAUUCAAGCUUUUAUCCCAGUAAUGGUCCUCAGUCUCAACUUGCUACAGUUAUUCCCACACCAUACAGCCACCCGAAUUUUAUACCUGCCAUGUGUUUUCUGCCCUCCAGUUUAUAUCAUCCUAAUAAAACCCAAGAUCCUGAUGCUGUCUCGCCUCCUCUUAACAUGUACCUGUCCUCUCUUUAAACAUAUCUUUCUAACACCCAAUUUGAUUUCAGCUCCUUCCAUCCCCCUUAAGACAUUAUUACUCCACCUUAAUACUGUUGUACUACAGUUGCAUUGAACAUAUACCAGUACUGUUCCAUACCUCCCUUUCAUCAUCUCUGUUCCACACCUCCCCUUCAUCUUCUCUGUUCCACACCUUCCCUUCAUCUUCUCUGUUCCACACCUUCCCUUCAUCUUCUCUGUUCCACACCUUCCCUUCAUCUUCUCUGUUCCACACCUUCCCUUCAUCAUCUCUGUUCCACACCUUCCCUUCAUCUUCUCUGUUCCACUGUUGAAAAUGUAAGCCUUACACCUUGGUAAUUGUGGGGUCAUGCCAAUGUAAAGUCAGGGUCGCAAUAACACCACUUUAUUUUAAGUAGGUUUCAACCUGGGAGGAACCCUGGUGGCACCACCGACCCUGGGGACGCUGCAGCCCCCGAGAGGGCUCCGGGGGUCGCCUCCGCCCCUUCUAGGGCCUCCGCCACCCCUGGAAGGUCCCUUGGGGGCGCUGCCGUCCCCGGGAGCGCUGCUGCUCCUGCGAGGUACCCUGGCAGCUCCACUGCACCUGAGAGGUCCCCUGGGGGCGCUACAGCCCCUGGCAGGGCCCCUGGGGGCGCAGCAGCCUCUGGUAGAGCCCCUAGGGGCGCCGCCGUCCCUGGGACCAUAUACAGUGUUCAAAAUCGGCAUGCUCUGGAGUACCUAUAAAGUGAUUUUCAAAAAAUCAAAUUUAGGGCCAAAACUGAGUAGUUUUUUGGUUAAAAUUAACUUUUCUCUCAGAAUUGAAAUGUAAUGGGUUUAAUUAAUUAAGUCCUCACAGCAUAACACAUUAACAACAAAAUCGCACUUUCUGAACCUAUAGUUGGCGAGUAAUAAGCUUUGAAUAAUGUCAUUAAAUUGUCCAAGCUUCAUUACAACCACUAAUUACCUCACAAUCGAAUCGUGCAUAUAAGCGAUUUUUGCAUAGUCUACUGAGUGAGAUUAGAUUAUGUUUGUUUUUUUCGGUGAGGUAAGGUUAGGCAUGCCAUUGUAAAUAUCAUCCCCUCCCCUGUCUUUUCCGUCCCAACUGCCACACGUUGUGCUUUAUCAUUCUACUACAACAUUUACUCACACUUUAUCAUUCUACUACUACAUUUACUCACACUUUAUCAUUCUACUACAACAUUUACUCACACUUUAUCAUUCUACUUCUACAUUUACUCACACUUUAUCAUUCACUUCCUUCAUUCCUUUUAUACGAAUAGAACUUUGUAUCUUUCAUCCAAUUAAGUGUAGAAUGUUCCCUUAAUUUCGACUUGGCAAAAUUAUGCAUCAUUGCUUGUAGUGGUACAGAGUAUAGACUUAUUUUUAGUUGUACUGUACUGUAUGUGCCUCUGUUACUCUUGUCAUAGUAAGAAUUAGGAACUAAGCAUAUUUUCAUAUAUUAGGGAAAUGUCUGAAGAUUUUUUGCUGCUGCUGAAUUAAAAAAAAAAAUUCGUCUUCAUAAAGUUGGGAUUUGGUCUUGUUGGCAGUCGUGUAAUAAAACUUUUACUAACCCAUUUUUUUUAUCCUAUAUCUUAUUAUAUGUUUUUUUAAAGACUACUGGUAAGUAUAUAGUAUUUGUGAAUAUCACCAUACAAUACUGUAUAUACUUGUAUUGUAGUGUAUGAGAAUGUAUGGGUAUGACUCGUGGUAUAGCUGAUGAAUGUGACUACAGUAUAUCCUGUUGAUGAAUGUGACUACAGUAUAUCCUGCCCAAUCCUGUAGAAUGUAGAUAUCAACUGGCUUGUAAAUAAGGUACAUUCACCCCUAAAAAUAUCUUCGUGAUUUUGUGUUAAAUAAUUGACACAAUUGACGAAUGAUUUUGACAACUGUGCCGAGACAACAGGAGACUUAGUGUUCAUUUUGAAAAUCAGACCCCUCCAUAAAGAUACUUUUUGGAGUGAGUGAACCUUAUACUAAAGUAGGGUUGUUCCAUAUUAUUUCUAUUGCUUAUCGUCACCAUACUAGCAGUUAAGGUGGUCGAUUUGUUCUUUGUCUCAACCUUCAUUGUUCAGUAAGAGUAUAAGAGGAAACCAAAGUACACAGAGAAGACUUGUGAUAUUUGGUAGGGUCACACUUGAUAACACACCCUUCUCACAUCUGACCCGGGCUCUGGAAUGAACCUGGGACACAGUUGUGAGAGGUAUGCUGUCACUCUACCACCAACAUUCCCUGUAGCCCCAAAUAUUACCUCAAAUUUCACUCAAGUCCCCAAUUUAACUAUUUAAUUUAAUAUUGGUUAACUUCUCUGAUUUAGAGCAUAUCAGUAAGUAUUGUGUGAUGUGAGAAACACAGAAUCAAAGUAGAACGAGUACAGCUAUAAUUUGAGAACUUUGUAUAGCAACAGUUUAGCAAUUUACCUUAAUUAUCAGUAAUUUAUAUUUUACGUGUUCACAACUUGCUUUGUAACCAAUGAAUUUUUCUUCUGGAUAAACUUUUGUAAUUGUAUUUUUUGUUUUCAAAUGUUAUACAUGUUAAAAAUUAUUUUCAAGUCAGUGUUGUUAGGGGAUAUGUGAUGUUUAUGGCAACUUGGGGAUGUGUGAGGCUCUUAAGAGCUAUCUGUGUCUCUGGGGAGGCUGAUUGA